ACCCGAUACAGCUGUUCAAUUUGUUUCUUUUGUUUGAAAACUCAGCAACGGUGCAUUUUGAAUAUUUGAAGUUGUUUUCUAUAAAUCCGACUCAAUAUCAUAAAAUAUUCGUUUUAAUUUGUAAUUUGUGAGAAUGGAAUCUGCUGGUUUGUUAAAUUAUAAAAGGAAUAGUGCCGCGGAUUCGUCCAGCUUGACACCCGUAAAGCCUAGACUCGGGAGAUUUGUAGAUGUUUACUCGCCCGAGCAUCUAAAUAUAACACCGCGACCUAAACCGAAGCUUACAUUCACUGAAGCUAGGGAUGAGAGUCCAAAUUUUAUUACCCCUGAGAAAUACAUUGAAGUUGAUUUUAAAUGCAGAACUGCAAAAGCCCAAGACCGUUACCGGAAUGUGUUCAGCAACUGUUCCUUUGAAGGUAACCAGAGCUUCCCGCGCCUGAGCCGUAAGGUGCGGCCUAUGACCAUGGAGCUAGAAACACCCACCAAAGUGAAGCAAACUGUUGAUCUUGUGCGAGUGGAUGGACCAAAUGGGCUUAGAUUCAACACAUCUCUAGCCCCUGAUGUAGCAGGAUCCCCGGCACCGUCCCAGACUGAGCGGCUCCAACAAACCAUCAACCCUAGCAAGGCUGUCUUCACCAUUGAACCUAAUACUUUGAAGAUUCUCAUAGUAAACAACAAAGCCUGUUCCUUGCUGGGCUAUUCAUCAGGAGAUCUAUGUGGACUUCGCUUCUCCGACCUGCUGAGAAACAGGAACUGCAAGGCUUUCAGCUUACAUGAGCCAGAGGACUGUGACGCUUCUGAAGAUGGAACCGUUGUUUUGCUUAGUGGAAAGGUAGUAGAACUAAUAUCAAAAGAUGGUGGUUCAGUGCAAGUGUCGCUGUGGAUAAGGCAGUUGGACAACGACGGGCCGUGCUUAGUCGUCGCCGAGCCUGUCAACUGUAAGAAUGUUGUGUUAACAGUAGAAGCAGACACGGGUAUAAUCCUGGCGUGUGAAGGAGAUUCAGCGGCCGCGUUGUUCGGGGCGGAGUCGCGGGACAAACUAGUCGGAGUGCCUCUCGCCUCCCUCAUUCCUAACGCGAGGCUACCAUCUUAUGACGCGCCUAUGCCUAAGAAUAUGGCGAAGCAGAAAUUGACAGGACGAACACUGGAUGGUGGAUGUUUCCCGCUCUGCCUGUGGAUAUCGAAGCCAGACGUCACGGACAACUCGCUGUGGCCAACUGUGUGCGGCGGCAAAACUCAUCGACCUGUGUUUGAAGUUAAUGUUCGGGUCACAUACAACGUCAGUGGUCUUCUAGUAGUCGACGAAAGCGGUAUAAUAACUGCUUGCAACCAUCACUUCGCUAUGCUAACGUUCGGGAAGCCUCACUCCGAAGUUAUAGGACACCACAUCGAGGAUGUCAUACAAAACUUCUGCCAAGAAGCUGAUAUUGUUAAGAUGCCAGAAAGGAACAGAAAUAUGACUCUGUCUCCUGUUAAUAAUGAGGAUAAUGGCUCAGCAUCAGACACAGACGAGGAUUCAUGCGGCGCAUUCAACGGCAGUCAGAAAUCAGCUUGCAUGUCCUUGAACGUCCAUCCCUCCAUACUGUCCACUACUCGGGAGAAAUCGUCCAGUGCACUGUGUCUCGACAAAUCCUGUAGCAUGGUCACCCACACCCCCACCCCCACCCAAGACAUGGUCUCAAGCAUUAGUACUACAGAACAACGAAACGACAUAUCCGCCCUGCCUGACGUCACUUCAGGGAUGUCAGGAAUAUCUAUAGAUGACGAGAAUUAUUGUCACAGCAGCAUAUCCAAGUCGCGCUCGGAGAAUAUAUUGAGAUCUGAGCAGAGCAACCCUGCCAGGCCAGUGGCUAAGCCAUCGGAGAAGUCUGACUCGAUAUACUACACUUCGCAGCAUUCGCAAGAGGUGACACCGACUGGAAAUACUCCUAGAGUGAGACUCAACGAUCCUUCUUUGAGAUUAUCAUUCGAUUCUAGCAAAUAUAGAUCUUUAAAAGCGAAUUUACCUGGAAAAGAUGACAAAACAAGUCUUUCUUUAGACUUCUGUGACUCCAAUGAGACUAGUGCGGACUUCCUCACUCCUAUAAAUGAGAUGCCGCCCCCUGGUUGUGAGAUUGAAGACUUGCCGAAGCAUAAUGGUAACGAGAGCGUUGAUAGCUUGAGCAACGAUAACGAUUUGGAGACACAGACUGAAUCUGCUCCGAGGAAAUUGUAUUCGGAAGACGCACCCGAGACUCCUUGCGUAGCGAAGCGCAUGGUGCGUACAGUAGUGAUGACGUCGACCCCCCAACACGUGCGCACCAAGCCCGACUGCGACCGCGGUGGGGACGGGACCUACAGGGGGGUCGUGCUGCAUAAGGAUGGGACGCAACUCAACGUGCUGUACACGGUGUCCAGCAUGCAGAUGGGCGGGGCCAGUGCGGGGGGUGCAGGGGGUGCGGGGGGCGGGCCCCGCCUGCGCUGCGUGUGGCUGGGGGUGCAGCUGGAAGAUACACGCAGCCACACCACGCUCGCGUCCAGCGUCGCCUCUACUGCCGACAACUCCUUGAUACUCGGUAACAAAUCAGUUAGCAGCAGGCCUCAGUCAAUGUCCCUAGUGAGCCAGUGCGGCGACGAGCAAGUUUCCGGCGAAUACAACAAACAUUAUGUCACACUCAAGCAGAUUGGUAAAGGAGCAUACGGCUGUGUAAAGAUGGCGUACCGUCGUUCGGACCGUCUGCUGACAGUUGCCAAGUUUAUUCUCAAAGAGAAGGUGGGCGCACAGUUCUGGGUCGACGCGCCCGAUGGCCGUCGCGUACCGCUGGAACUCAGUCUAUUGCUCACGCUCAAACAUCCUAAUAUUGUGAGCGUAAUUGACGUGUUCGAAAACGAAAAAUACUUUCAAAUGGUGAUGGAAAAGCAUGGUGCAGGCAUGGAUCUGUUUGAAUUCAUUGAACGAAGACCGCGACUCGACGAGCCGCUGCUUAGUUACAUAUUUAGACAGAUAGGACAAGCAGUCGAGUACCUGCACUCCCUAAGUAUCCUACACCGUGACAUCAAAGACGAGAAUGUCAUCAUCGACAACAAAUUCCACGUCAAGCUGAUAGAUUUCGGUUCAGCGACGUUCAUGAGCAAAGACACGCUGUUCUCCACCUUCUACGGUACUACAGAAUAUUGCAGCCCUGAAGUUUUAGCUGGGAACAAAUAUGCGGGCCCUGAAUUAGAGAUGUGGUCAAUGGGGAUAACUCUGUAUGUCCUCACAUUCUUUGUUAACCCGUUUUCGGACAUCGAAGACACAAUACAGGGACCGCUAGCUUUCCCGCAGGUGGUUUCUGAAGAUUUGGAGCAGCUCCUCCGUUGGAUGCUGUGCAAGGAGCCGGCCAGUCGGUGCACUAUAUCUCAGCUGAUGGCACACCCCUGGAUCCGGCAGCCUGUCGUCAUCGCCAACUACGUGUUCCAUGAAAUUGUGGACUGUGAUCGACACGAGGCGAAUCCUGAGAUGUACUACAGUGGCAGCCUCGGAUCACCUCGUAGUGGAUCUCCAGUGUCAUUAGCUGACCCAAUGGUUAAAGAGCGCUCAAAUCCUUCAGAAGUGGCAAUUCGAUCAGACGGCAAGAACUUGUCGCGCGACGAGCCCAAGCGCAACUCGUUGGCUUUGCACGCGCUGUCCACGGCCGACAGAGACGCGCAGUCCGACAACUAUAGUCUGCGGUCGUCUGCUGAUAUCCUGGAUAUAUCAUCAAAGCCGGUGUCCGAAGCAGCGCUAACUGACAUCAGCUCGGACGCCACUGGCCACGCGGCCUGCGACAUAGACUAUGACUGCGACCAAUACGAGUGUGACAGCUGGGACGAGUGCGAGCAGGACAGCUUCUCUUAAUCGGACCUCUCACUCCAACACUACUGGGUAUAUAAGCUCCGCCUACUUUGAAUUGUUUGAAGAUACAUGCGUUGACCGUCUGUAUUCGUCAGAUAUUGUUAGACUGUAACCUUACCGUAUUGAGGGUAAAUUGAUGUAAAAGGAAGGAAUCCUAACAGUUAUCAAGUAAAUCACACGUUAAUGUGACAUCGUCGUUAUUUCUUAGCGAUUAAAGUUGAUUUUCAAAUGUUAUUAACGUGUGCAUUAAGAUUCUUUCUAAGAAUCGGAACUCUUGACUAUAAAAAGUUAUGAAUUUGUAAUGACCAAAUUAUAAAAAGAAAUCAAAUUGUUCUUCGUAAUUUUUGCAACACCUUGUAUUUGAGACUUAUGUCCAAAUACUCAAACGCUACUCAAUUUUAAGACGCUUUCAAGACUAGUUCUGUCGCUACCAAUUCUUUAUAAAAUGACAGAGAUAGCACGAUAUUUAAGUACAACUUAAAAUUGAGUAGCAUUUCAGUAUUCGGGCGUUAUAGCGUUUUCUUGUGUUUAAGAUGGAGAGAAAACUGAAAUCGUAUGAGACAUAUUAUAAUAUAAUUCUUAUUGUAUGUAUUAUAAUUAAUUAUUAUGUAUUAAUUAAUAUUAAUUGUCGUCGUUUAUGUGUUGAUGUCAAUAUUUAAAAUGUCUCGAAAUUAAUUUUCGUCUUAAUAAUGUAUUGUGUUCCUUUUUGUGUGAAAUUAACUAGGUAUAUGAACCUGGAUAGUAUUGUAUCAGAAUUUAUGUGUAAAUGACAUGAAAUACUUUGGUCUAUAUAUGUAAAGUCGGGAAACCAUCUUGUUCGCGAUUUGACUCACUAAAAGCUGUACUAUUAAGCAGUAUUAUUCUUAAAAAUACCUUCAUUAUUCCAAGCUGAGUAGUUCAUUAAAUUCAAGCGAAAAUGAGACCAAAUUCUAUAUACAUAUAGUCGUAGUUUUAUCUCCGUAGUCUCAAAUUAAACUCUCUAUGAAAAAGCCUGAAGAAUUUUUAGUACGUAAAUUAAUAAAAAAGAUAAUUAUUGCUAUUGAAAUGAUCUCAAUUACAUUAAAUAUUGAACGUUAGGAAUUGCAUCACUUGUUCAUAUUGCAAGCACCAUGUGAUUAUAUUGUAUUUGCGAAUAUUGCCAUGUUUUAUUAAUAAUAAUGUAGAUUUAAUUGUUUAAUGUAAACAGAUUCUAUUGCAUCAACUUCUAUUAUUCUGAUUUAAAUAAUAUUUACGGCAUGUUAAUUUUUCGAACAUGCUCGAUUGGUUUUAAGCUAUACCGGGACUCAUAAAUGUGUUCCCGUGCGCAAUCAAUUGAUUAUUUGACACAAGUCGUAAAUAUUAUUAAAAUCAGUAUGUCUCACUGAUAAUUAUUAAAUAAAAAUAUUCUGAUUGUUGGAAAUAAGACUAGAUACACUUUAAAGUAGUAAAUAAUAGCACUGGGCAGUCUUCCUAUUGUUGUCACUGAUAUUUGUAAAAUAUUUUAUGAUUAGGAUUGCGCCACACUUGGAACUGAACUUGCGUCCCAAAAUGCGGUCAUUAAAAUCGAUGCGCCUAGUGUAGCCCCACCUUAAUCUCUUGUUACACAUUCCCUCAAAGCCAUACCUUUCUUCCAUACUUAUUCUUGUUAUUAUAAAUAAGUACGUACAUUUAAAAUUUCACUAAAUGCACUAUAUUGGCUUAUUAGUUCGGUUACCAAGCCACGUAGUGCAAAUAAGCCAAAAUCAUAUUUUGUUCUAUACAUUUGUUGUAGUCUAAGUAUGGACGUCUUGUGCUAGGAAUACAUCUACAUUAAAAAAAAACAACAUUUGUGUGAGUCUAUCUCGGUAGGUGUACUUGAAGCACAUAAUAUGUACAUGUAAAUUAAUAUUUAUCGUUAUUAGUAAGAUAGCUUAAUAUUAAAUAGUUAUUAAUUAUCCAGGAGUGUACAGUGAACUCUUAUUGCAACGCCAUAAUUAUCGAAUGCAUUCCAUUUUUGCCAAAAAUAAAACAAGAAUUGCAAUAAAACUUCAUUGGGACACAUCUAACUCUUAUGACUAAACUUACCGAAAAUCAGUAUUAAGACAAUACUAUAGAUUUUUCUUACAGGCUGACUCCUAGUUUUUAGUAUUAUUAGAUGUCCUAAAAGAACCAAAUUUAUUCAUAUUAUUUGAAUAACAUUGUAAAUAUCAUGAAGUAAAUGUUAACAUAUCUGUGUUGGGUUCAAACUUAUAGAUCUCUCGUGGUUUACUUAUAAAAUUGUUACUGUAAUAUCUCCAGUACAAUUUUAUACGUGAGUUCGUAGACCAGUAUUUAAUUGAUAUAGUAAGAUAAUAUUUUUGUAGUAUUUGAUUUAUAUUGUGUUUAUUUCAAAUGUAGUGAUUAUUUAUGUCCGGUGCGUCCGUUUCUUACUUAGUGCCUUACAACGGACGGCGGGUUACGUUGCUCGUGUAGGACGCUGUGACCACUCAUCGUAAAUAAACGAUAUGAAUUCCCAAAA